GACGGUCUAGUAGCUAGGAAUGAUAACCUUAACUCCAUAUGUAAUGCAUACAUAGGUCAAUGUGAGACAAUACAGCCAUUAUUAUCUCAAACACUACCAAACAGAUGCAUACACUGUACUAAAGUACGCAUGAAAAACAGAAAAGGCACCUUAUGUAAAUGUGUAAGGGGUGGGUGCAUGAUGGAUGUAUGUACAAUUAUAGCAACGGUGCCAGAAUUCAUUUUGUGUGUAACAAAUGCACUUUGGCACAGUUACCCUUUAGCAGUGAUGACAUUGAUUUACCUAAAUUUAAUACAAAUGACCCAUUGCCAUAUAUUGAUGAUUAUGAUUGUUUUAUGAAAACAGGCCUUCACUUUAUUCAUGUCAAUGCAAGAUCACUUCUUCCUAAAUUGGCAGAGAUUAGGAUUCUAGCUAACAAAAUUAGGGCGGCAGUUAUAACCAUCUCUGAAUCUUGGUUGGAUGAUACGGUGACUGACGACGAGGUCAAAAUAGAUGGUUACAAUAUAAAACGCUUAGAUAGGAACAGAAAGGGUGGUGGAGUAUGUGCCUACAUUAGAAAUGACUUAGCUUACAACCCAAGACCUGAUUUAAAUAACAAUAAACUGGAGAUUCUAUGAUUUGAAGUGCUGCUUCCUAAGACCAAACCCAUCUUAGUAGGAACUAGUUACCGCCCUCCUACCCAGGACCAGUUCUUAGAAGACUUUUCCAGUCUUGUCCGGAGUUGAAAACAAUUGCGAGACAAUAAUACUGGGCGACUUCAAUAUCUGUUUUCAGCAGCAAAAUAACGGGCUAUGCAAAAGGUAUAAGUAAAUUCUAGGAUUAAAUAGUUACACUCAACUAAUUAAUACUCCAACCCGGAUCACACAGUUCUCAGCCACCCUAAUUGACCACAUAUUCGUAAAACAAAGAUGGCUGACACAGAUAGCAGCUGCACCUCUGUGGGUGACCGUACUGAAGACCUGGUGUCCCCCACCAGGGAAGCCCUUGUGGACGGCAUCGUGGGUCUCCUCAAGCCCUGUCUUGACCAGCUGGAUGACAGGGUCCGUGCCACCAGAGUGAGUCAGAGUGAGCUGCACCAACAGCUAGAGGGACUGGCAGCAGAAUUGGCCCGGGUGCAGGAACAGACCCGGUGUCCUUUACAGCUUGAUGCAUAUAUUAAAAAGUUGCAAAAUGCUAAGAGAAGAGUAGUUGUAGUUAACAAUAUUCUCCAAAACAAACAAGACCGUCUCAACAAAUUACACACUCAGGUUAAUAAGGAAAAUGCACGUCGUAGAGCUCUGCUAGAAACUACAUCCCCCUUGUCAAUCACACCCUCAACUUCUCUCCAUGCUCCUUAACUGAUUUUUCAGUGGCUCUGAAGAUAUUUCCAUAGGCAUUUUACCUCUGAAUAUUAUAUAUCAGGAGUCAGAUGUGAUGUCUUUAUUAACUAGUUAAUAAUUUAAUGUGAGAAAAUAAUUUAGGUAUAUUUAAAUUAAAAUAUGGCUUAGAUUGUGUAUUAUCUGUUUUAUACAGUAGUUAUUUAUUGUAGGUUUUCAGAUUUCAAUAGGAUUUUAUGCUCAGAUAUACACUAGCUGAAGGUUUCCUCGAGUAGGAAACAGAGAGCCAGUAUUCUUGAGAUUUGGCAUUCCAGUACGGUUUUUGUCCUUGGUUAAUUUUUCAUGUUUAUUUUCUGUAUAAAGACAAUGUACAGUAAACAAGUCUGAUUCAAAGACAGUACUGUGCCUCUAGUCAUUUGUCAGUCUCAUGAUAGUUGAUAUUUUUUUUAUAGUCUGAUUGUAUACUUUUGUUGAG